AGUCAGUGGGACACCAGGGAAGCGUUGAGUACACUGCGCAACGAGCACACGGAAGCUGCAGGCUGUCACAGGCUCACGCAAGUACAAUCAUUAUGGCUGUCGGAACGAAGACUGUGGUCAUAGUCCUUGUUGGUGGCGCCUUGCUUGCUGCCGUAAUUCUAUAUAGUGCUCAGGUUAGGAUUGGAGAAACAGGAAAUACCAUCAUGCAGAUGAUUUCAAGUAAAGUCUCAUCGCGGUUGGAAGAUGGCCACCCUCAAGAUGACGAGGACGCUUUAAAGAUUACGAAGUGGUGGCAAGCGUCAUCCCUUUUGAAGUGGGACUGGGAGAAACCCCCGGAGUACAUGUGCAGUGAGAUUGAGACGAGGGGCAACUGGCACGUAUGUAACGACACAACCUUUGAGGUCAAGCCACCAUGUCUAGUCUACUCCUUUGGGAUUUCAAAUGACUGGUCCUUUGAUGAUGCAAUGGGAGCUAUUGGCUGUGAAGUUCAUUCUUUUGACCCAAGCAUUGGAAAAAAGUCCUUCAACAGAAGCAAGAACGUCCACUUCCAUGACCUGGGCCUCUCAGGGAAGGAUAGUGAUACGUAUGUUCCUACUAAGGAUGCAUACGUCACAAAGACAACAACGUGGAAGAUCAGACGCCUCAAGACUAUCAUGGAGAUGCUUGGACAUACAAAUCGACAUAUCGAUGUUUUAAAGAUAGACAUUGAAACAAGCGAAUGGCCGGCAGUGAAGGACAUGGCGGCAUCUGGAAUGUUCUCCAAAGUCAGACAAUUUUCUGUAGAGUGGCAUCUGUUUCCAACAUAUCCAAGUAGAUCGGAAUACGUAGGCAUUUAUGUAGGUGUCAUGGCCAUGAAGAAGCAAGGAUUACGCACGUUUAGAUACAGUUUUCACCAAAGAGACUUCCGAGAAAAGACCUUCCGUUUGCAGGCAGAUGUUAACUACGUAAAUCCCUUAUAUAAAAGCAUUUGAAGGUCACAAACAGUUGCCAAAACGAGAGUUCUACCUCAUUUCCGGGCAGUGCUAACCAUGUGGGCGACAUGUUCCUUCCGGCGAUAUCGACCCUGCUACGCUGAUGACGUCACAGGGGAAUCGCGCAUAAACGGUAGCCAGCUUCCCGUAUAUAUAUAUUGGCUACAAUAUUAUAUCUGACUAUGACUUACACACUUUAAAUAUGAAAAAGACACUAUAUGUGAAUAAAUCUUAAUUCGACAUCCUAAUACAAUGUCUAUCUACAUUGAGGAAGGCAACUGUCCUAUCCUUUGUCUCUCUUUACAAAGCAUUUAUUUAUGAAAUGGUCAUGGUAAAGGGAUGAAAAAGAUAUGUAGCAUGAGCUGAACGAACCAGAUCUGAAGGAGCUGUGGGAUCAGGAGCUUAAUGAGUUAGAGCUGUCGGAGCCCAAGAAGCCAUAGGCAUUACAGGAAGUGAGCUGGAACACUCGUUAACUACUGUCACAACACUACCAUAUAUACAUCUUCAUUUUGCUAGAGCUUUCUGAGAAAUAGGUCAAACGUUUCAGGUUUUAAUUUUUUUUAUCGUAUUAAGGAAAUUACCAUUUUCCAAUCUUAACAAUUUGCAGCAUUGAACGAUGUUUAUGAAAACAUAUUUUUUUGGAAUUAAUAAUAAAGACUUCUUAUUCUCUUACAUUGACGUUUAAUAUUCCCUUUUCAAAUGAUUCCUGUUGGUAAGAUUCCUGAAUAAGUUAUUAUAUUAAAUGUACAGCUGUAUUUAUUGCUUGAUAUCAACUGUUGAGGGUGUGUAUUUAUACUGAGAUUAAAUAUAUCUUC